UGCACAUAUAACCUCACUUAAUUUGUAUUUGGUUAUUUUCUAUUGAAAUAUUUGAAUGAAUAAUUUACUACUAAAAAGUCUUAAUGGAUAAUGAAGUUACUAAUGUUAAGAAUUUCUUUUCGUCUAAUGGAUUACAUUUAUCUGACGAGUGGUUAGAGAGUUGUUUGGAAUGGUGUCAUGAACAACACCAAGAUGUAACUUUUAAAAUAGAGGAUCUUCAUAAGCAAGUAUAUGAGCAGUGGCUCUUACUUGAUUUAAGAGAUGUUAAAGUACCAGUAUUGCCCCCUAAUUUGGCACAGCAAAUUAAAACAACUUUACCUGAAACCUACUAUUUACAAAUGAUGUAUGUCAUUGAUAUCUCAAAACCAAAAUAUUCGCAAUUACAGAAAAUAAGAAAUAAAAGCGCAUUUAGAAUAAGCGAUAUAGAAAAAGAAGAAAAUAACAGCAACAGAGUGUUACAGUUAACACUUACAGAUGGUGUACAAGAAAUACAAGCUAUUGAACUUAGGCCUAUAUCAUCAUUACAUUUGAACUUAACUCCUGGUGUGAAAUUGCAAAUUGUUGGACCAGUAAUCGUGAGAAGAGGACAAAUAUUGUUAGAAGAAAAAAAUAUAGUAGUUUUAGAUGGAGAGGUUGAAGAACUCGAAAUACAAAAUGCAGCUGAAAAUGUAAUGGCCCGAGCUUUAAGAUUACCUGAAAACCCCAACCCUAUUGAAAUAAAAGAUAAUAUUGAGAACAUCAGUGUGAGUACCCAAAACUUAUCUACUUAUAGUGGGGUUGAAGAUAAAAGUAACCAAUUACAAACUAAUAGAGUGAAUAAUGUAACAAUAAAUACAAAUGCAGUCCAGAAUAGGCAAAAUUCUUUAAAUAAUGUAAAUUUAAAUAAAAAUGUGCAAAGAUUACAACAGAGUAAAACUUGCAGUAACAGCAGUAACAACUAUUCUUUAACUAAUGAAGAAGAACAACAAUUAGCCGAGGAAGUGGAAAUGCUUCUGAAUGCUGAAAAUGCAAUAGAAGAUGAAACACAGAAUUUUUCUGAAUUUACUAGUAGAAAUAUAAACUCAUCAGUGGGAAAUACAAAAGAGACUAAUGAAAAAUUUAAUCAAUCGAAGAAAACUGGAUUUGAAUUUGAAGAUGAUGAUGAUGAUUUGUUUGAAAAUAUGGACAUUGAUGCACACUUGGACUUUAUUGACUCACAGCAGUUACAGCUAAAGCAGCAAAUGCCCAUAAAAAAAAUUACAUCAAUAAAUGAAUUGCAAUUCAAGAAAAACAAUGCCUCUAAGUUUACUAUUAAAGCAAAAUUUAAAUCUGUUCUUGAAAAACUAACAAUAACUGAGGGCAAGUGGCUCCUUAAGCUUUCAGUUAGUGAUGAUACUGGGGAUUUAGCUAUAUGGGUUCACAACGAUUUUAUGACAAAAUUAGGGGGACUUUCAGCUGUUGAAAUGGAAAAUCUAGUAAAAAGUAAUACAGGAGAAAAUACUAACAAAAUUAAUAGGGUGUUAGCAGAUUUAAAGGAAAAAAUAUCCACCUUAAAUGGAGACAUGAUAAUUGAGUAUGAAGAAAAUGAGGCAGUACCGUUCCUUACAGAUAGUAGUUGAUAUAUAUCAAUGCAUACAUAUUUCUUAAUGUAUUUGAUAAACAUUUUUGGUGAAAUUCCAAAGCCUAUUCAAGAAUAAUACUGAAGAAAAGUUUUCCUGCAUUAAAUCUUGUUUUCUUUGAACCUAGUAUUUGUUUAAAAGAAUUAAACAUUUAAGUUCUAAUAAAGCUUUAUUCUUUUUGA